UUGCCCGACACCCUCAUGGCCGCCGCCCGCACCCAACAUGGCCGCCGGCGCCUCAGGGCCCGCCCCGCGCGCAUGCGCCGCGCGAUGCUGAGGGCGCUGCUCCGGGAGCCGCCGCCAUGGCGGCCCCGCCGCCCCCCGCCCGGCCUGAGGGGCCCGCUCCGCACCGCCCCGGGGCUUCUGUGCGCUGCUGCCCGCCCGCUCUGCACCGCCCCGGGGCCUCUGUGCGCUGCUGCCCGCCCGCUCUGCACCGCCCCGGGGCCUCUGUGCGCUGCUGCCCGCCCGCUCUGCACUGUCCAGGGACACCUCUGGGGCCCGGCCCGCCCGCUCUGCACCGCCCCGGAGCCACCGCCGGCCACGCAUUAUCGCCUGGUGUACACCUGCAAGGUGUGCCAGACGCGCUCAGCCAAAUCCAUCUCUAAGGCCGCCUACCACCGGGGGGUGGUGAUCGUGACCUGUCCCGGCUGCGGGAACCACCACGUCAUCGCUGACAACCUGGGCUGGUUCUCCGACCUGGAGGGAAAGAGGAACAUCGAGGAGAUCCUGGCAGCCAAAGGGGAGAAGGUGAGACGUGUGGCUGGUGAGGAAGCCCUGGAACUGCUGCUGGAAAGCUCGGCAGAGCCCGGGCCCCCAGGGCAGCUGGCAGAGGGGGACAGCGGGGAAGCCCCCCCAGAUCCUGGCAGCAAGGGACACACCUGACACGGGGGAUUGUGGCCUCUGGGACACACCUGACACGAGGGACUGUGGCCUCUGGGACACACCUGCCAUGUGGGAUUUGGGUCAUUCUGCUUCUGGCAAGAGACUCUUUACCUUCAUUCCCUGACUUCAACUGUUUGUUUUUAAAAUAAACUCGAGUACUGGGUUUUC